AAAUUGUAGCAACGACGGUAGCGAGCUCAGUCGAGGCGCACGCGUCGUACCGCGUCAGUCACGCCAUCUCUGGACAAAAAUGCACACACUAAUCCUGGCUGCUUUGGCCGCCGUAACGACGGCGAUGCCAUCCUACAUCGCGGUACCUGCAGAUCAGAUCGCGUUUGUGGAUCUGACGGCGUUGCGCGUGCGUCGUAUGCCAAGACAGACCCUGUCGCCGCCACCUCCACCACCACAAAUACCAUUACCACAGCUCCCACAGGCGUUCUAUGAACAGGAGUACCCUACAACUCUGCAGCAGUAUCAGCAGCAGCCAGGCUUGACGCCAGUUCCAGUCCCAGUUCAAGUCCAAGUUCAAGAGAAUGAGGCUCCAGCCAGACUCGUCAGACUGCAGCAACAGCCGCAGCAGCAACCGCAGCCACAAGAUUCCAUCGGUUCAACAACCUUCGGAGCUGCCUCUCAAUUUGCAGAAAGACCGCCUGACUUCGGGGAGUAUGUGGAUUUCGGGGCUCAUACAGGAGACCAUGGGUCUUUCGGCUGGUACGCCGAUUACCCAGUGAACAAUCAUCAAGAUUCUAGCUACAGGAAGUAGGUAAAAUAAUGAGCAAACAAAACAAAUCCAAGAAUCAUAGAAAAACUAUAAAGUUUAUUGAUGAUUAGGGAUUUUAGUAACAAAUAUUCUACGUCUCGCUCAGAAUUCGUACCAAAAUUAGAUGCUAAAAGUUGCAAUUAUCUUGCCAAGCACUUGUUACUCAAAUAAGACCAAAGACAGUAUUAUUCCAAGUGAUAUCAUUAGGUUUAGGUUCGUAGCUGAAUAACCGCACAUUUGUUACAAACGGUUCAUUCCGCUGAUACGUUUUUAAUGCACUUUCAACGUUAGUUCCUUUUUAUUAGAAUUAAGUUUACAAAGUACACUGUGAUACGUACGAAGCUUAGGUAGUUCUUCUUCUUAGUUCUUGCUUUAUCUUCUAUUUCUUUCUUCUUCAUUUCUUUCUUUUCUUGCACUUCACUGUUACGCUUGCUUGAUCACGCUUUUUAUCACAAAUUGAUGUACUUAAAUGCUCAAAUAAUCAUCAUUCUUAUUACUUACCUUGACACCAUUACUAUUCUUUAUUUUCAUUUCCUCUAUUCUAUCUAUCUGUUUAUGCAACUACUGUAUCGCUUCUGAAACUGUUACAAAUAUAAAUGUUACAAAUGUUAUAUUCUUCUUCGUUUCAUUUCAUGCUAACAUUUCAUUAUUUUCUUCUACAUUCAUACACAUUACCAUCUUCACUGCGACGACUAUUAUAUAAUUCGUAUCAACAUCAUACAUUUAAUUCAUCCUAUCUACUGUAUGUCUGCAUGCAUCUCCAAUCGGUUUCCAGCCUUGUGUAAGAUUUGUAUGGUCAUAAUACAAUGCUACAGAAAAUAAAACUUUACAUAUUCAACCAAAAAUACUUAGUAGAAGAUGUAAAAUGGCAUAGAAUGCAUUUACCACGCAUACAACAGCUUCAUCUGACUAAGAUAAAAUAAACUGAAUCUCAAUCUACGUCCAUUUCUAUCCUUACUAAACUGUUUUAUCAUCAACCUAUCUUGACCUAUUAUAUGUUCAUAUUUCACUUUUUAAAAACAUCGCAUCGUUACUAUUACAUUAUGAUCUUCAUUUCUCAUCAAAACUCCGCUAUCUAUUGAGAACGCGCUAUUUCUCCCACAUCACAUUUUUCAUAUCUCGAAUCAUGAACCACAUCUUCCAUUUCAUACUUCUCUUUAUUUGCUCGCUACCUUUUCAUAUUCAUAUUUUAUACUUUACUAAAAUAUACUUUUGACUUUGACCUUUCUAUUUACAUUUUUUUUUCUUUCAACUAUUUUUAUUUCUUAUUUUUUCUAUAUUAUCAUCAUCUUUCGCAUACGGCACAUACAUAUUUGGUUUGUAAUGAUGAUCAUACUUUAUAUUUUUUAUAUUCUUCAUAACUGUAUCUCUUACCUACUUCUACAUUACUUAAGAACUUCUUUACUUCUAUUUACUCUUUCUUGACAUCUUCCAAUACCUAUUUCACUUCUCUUAUUGGAUUAUAAUUGAGACUUAUUAUUUCACUGAUAUUUUCAAGAAAUAUUAUUUUGCUUCGUAUCUUACCAUUCUAUCAUUUACUUGACUUAAUUUUAUAUUUAUUUCUUUUUUCUCAUCUAUACUCACAAUCCUAUAUUUCUUAAAUAUGAAACGAAGGCAGUCUCUUUUUCUCUAUCUUGUUUCAACUUCAUCUUUCAAUCUCUAUCUCUAUUACUUCUUUUUAUUGAAAUUACGAUAAAUUCUUAGUUUCAAACAAUACAUUUCGUCUAUUACUUAUGCUAUUUCUAAUCUUCCUUAUUAUCUGUCUAGUCUUUAA